UUUUUAAAUAUGACAAUAAAAUCAGAAACAAAAUCCUCCAUUGAAGUAGCUGAAAAAAAAACAUCUGCUCUUUCUUCCCCUACAACAGCACAAAAUGAUAAAUUUGUGCAGAAUGGUGAUGAUCAGAAAGUAAGGGACUUACCUCAAAAAGAAGCUGCAAUUCCAAUGGGAGAGUGUAAUAAUGCAGAAUACAUAGAGAUUAAUGAAGUUGUUUCUUCUUCAAGAGCAAAUAAUGAUAGGAAAGUUUCACUAUUGCCUUUGGUUUUUCUCAUUUUCUAUGAAGUAUCAGGUGGACCAUUUGGUGUUGAAGACACUGUACACGCAGCUGGUCCACUUCUUGCACUUGUUGGUUUCUUGGUUUUCCCAAUUAUAUGGAGUGUACCUGAGGCACUUAUAACAGCUGAAUUAGGCACCAUGUUCCCCGAAAAUAGCGGAUAUGUUGUUUGGGUUUCAUCUGCAUUAGGUCCAUACUGGGGCUUUCAACAAGGUUGGGUGAAAUGGUUGAGUGGAGUGAUCGAUAACGCUCUUUACCCCGUCUUGUUUCUUGAUUAUCUGAAAUCAGGAGUUCCUGCAUUAGGUGGUGGACUUCCUCGCGUUCUCGCGGUCAUAGGCAUUACUUUGGUACUUACUUACAUGAACUAUAGAGGUUUAACUAUUGUUGGAUGGGUUGCUGUUCUGCUCGGGGUAUUGUCGAUUCUUCCUUUUGUUGUUAUGGGGUUGAUCUCGAUUCCAAAACUAAGGCCCACGAGGUGGUUGGUGACGGAUGUGCACAGUGUGGAUUGGAAUUUGUAUCUGAAUACUCUCUUUUGGAACCUGAAUUAUUGGGACUCUAUAAGUACUCUAGUAGGAGAAGUGCAUAACCCGAAGAAAACUCUGCCUAAAGCUCUGUUUUAUGCUGUGAUUCUAGUCGUUUUAUCGUACUUUUUCCCUCUGUUAGUUGGUAUCGGAGCUGUUCCACUCGAGCGUGACCUGUGGACAGAUGGCUAUUUCUCAGAUAUUGCGAAAAUACUUGGUGGAGUGUGGCUACGAUGGUGGAUUCAAGGGGCUGCUGCAUUGUCAAACAUGGGGACAUUUGUAGCGGAAAUGAGCAGCGACUCAUUUCAGCUACUCGGUAUGGCUGAGAGAGGGAUGCUACCCGAGUUCUUUGCCAAGAGAUCACGUCAUGGAACACCUCUAGUCGGGAUCCUCCUCUCAGCUUCAGGUGUGCUUUUACUUUCAUGGAUGAGCUUUCAAGAGAUUGUAGCUGCAGAAAACUUCUUGUAUUGCUUUGGAAUGAUCUUGGAAUUCAUAGCAUUCGUACGAUUAAGGAUAAAGUUCCCAAAUGCAUCGCGCCCUUUCAAGAUACCUGGUGGAACAGUCGGAGCCAUUGUACUGUGUAUUCCUCCAACCAUACUCGUUGGUAUUGUUUUAGCGUUUUCAACGGUUAAAGUCAUGAUAAUAAGCCUUGCUGCUAUUGCAAUCGGGUUGGUUAUGCAGCCAUGUCUUAAACACAUUGAGAAGAAGAAAUGGUUGAAGUUCUCCAUUAGUCCUGACCUUCCUGAUAUUCAUCGCGAUAAUGGAACAUUAGUUCAUUGAUUUUGUUUAGACAAAUAGACAAUGAUAUGGUUUCUCUUUUUUAUGAUCCAUGAAAAGCUAUGAAAAGUUGAUGUAUGGAAAUGUUCACACCUUCAAUUAUGAUCUCUUUUUACUUUUUUUUUUUGACGACAAUAUGAUGUUGGCAAAAUUUGAAAUCCAGACCUUGGGGUUGAAA